UCAAACCAAAAACUGUGAUGGUAUUAGGAUUACGGCAAAUCUACCCGUCUAUUAGCUGCGGCCACUUUGAGAAACAUUUUGGGGACCAAAACAUUGGCCGAUAUACUCAGCGAAAGGGAAAACAUUAGUGUCGGUGUUCGGCGCCUAUUGGACGGCGCGACCAAAUCGUGGGGUGUAAAUGUGGAAAGGGUUGAACUGAAAGACGUGCGACUGCCGGCCAACCUUCAGAGAUCAAUGGCGGCGGAGGCCGAGGCCGGGAGGGAAGCCAAGGCUAAG